UGCAGCCCAGGAGCUAUCCAGUGCUGAAUGUGUUUUCAUUCCCCCCCCGAUUUUUUUUUCCACGAAUGGGAAAGCGAGGGAGUGUAUGCAUGUGCGUGUGGUCCGUACAGUAGAGCGCACACACAGCAUCGCAUCGUCCGUCGUCUCUCUUCUUGCCUGCGCUCCAUUUUCUUUACUUCCAUCCCUCAUUCUUGUAGUCCCUUUCUUGUUCUUGGAUCUUUUCCUUCUUUAAGUUGAACAGACACACGGAUACACAAUUCAGCCUUUUGCCGCUGCACUGCUUUUUUUGCUUUUUUUCCAGGAGUCUUUUUUCUCCAAAUUUUUUCCCCUCUUCGACGUCCAUGCGUAGUGCUUCUUGUGUUUGUGAAUCAUGCCCCGCUCCUUUCUGGUGAAGAAGAUCAAGCUGGAUGAUUUCUCCUCGUCUCCUGUGGCGGCAUCUAACCAUCAUCAUCAUCAUCAUCACCAUCACCUGGAUGAGUCCUUCACUUUCACUCGCUCCAUCACGGACUCCGUAACCAGUUUGGGCAUCCGGCUCAGUGAGAAUGGCUACAUCCAGGACUACAUCAGUCCAUCAGCGUAUCAGGGUGAGAAGAAGCUUAGCUCAGCUGUGUCUGACCCACUCUACGCUCCGGUAAACAGUGGAGGAGAGGAGUACUGUGAGCCAGACUUGGAGCAUCCGGACAGCCCUCAAUCCGGCCUGACGGCUCGUGGCUACUACAGCGGUGAGUCCGAAAGCCAGAGUGAUGGCUACACGGCAGACGGCUUCUUCAUCUCAGAUGGUCGUUCACGCAGGAGAGGUGAGGCCAAGGAGGCACGUAAAGGUGGUGUGGAAGUGAAGGAAUCAGGUGCGAGACACACAUGCAACGAGUGUGGUAAGACCUACGCCACGUCAUCCAACCUGAGCCGCCACAAGCAGACGCAUCGCAGCCUGGACAGCAAGAUGGCACGCAAGUGCCCAACAUGCGGCAAGGUUUAUGUCUCCAUGCCAGCGCUGGCCAUGCACGUGCUCACGCACGACCUCAAGCACAAGUGCAACGUGUGCAGCAAGGCAUUCAGCCGCCCUUGGCUGCUGCAGGGCCACAUGCGCUCACACACUGGUGAGAAGCCAUUCGCAUGCGCCCAUUGUGGCAAGGCCUUCGCUGAUCGCUCCAACCUGCGCGCCCACAUGCAGACACACUCUGCCUUCAAGCACUACCGCUGUAAGCGCUGCCACAAGACCUUUGCGCUCAAGUCGUACCUGAACAAGCACUAUGAGUCGGCCUGCUUCAAGGGCUCCGGAGACGAGGAUGAGUCCGGCUCUGAGAACUGAGCACCAUGCAGCGAGAAAAUGGAUGAGAAGGGAAAAAAAUUCUACAUUUAAUUAAUCCUUCACUAAGCCCUUACACACACACACACACACACACACACACACACACACAGACACACACACACAUACACACAUACACAGAAACAAAUGCGCCUUUUCCCUUCUUCCUUUUUUAGAAAGCAAUAUUUUCGCUGAGAUCACUUUGGGGAAGAAAAAGAAAACAGUAAUGAGAAGACAAUAAUGAACCAAUGCUGGAUUUUUCUUCACUCUUAUUGCUAACUGUCCACAGAUACACGGAAACAUAC